UUUUGCGUUUUAGGAAGUCCUUUUUACUAAUGGCGAACGUGGAUGAGUGUUGAAUGUUUGGGGACGUGUUUUGGAUUUUUAGUGUUGUCAUUUAUCAUGUACCUCUAAGAAACGGUUCGUCUGAAAGCCGUCUUGGUUUGAUUUCAAACAACCAACACAAACCAUGAAUCCGGCAAAGCAGAAAAACUGGAAACUCCUUACAGAUCCACUUAUAAUAAAAGGAGCAGUGAAGCUCUUCCGAUAUGAAGGGCAAGUUCAAGGAGAUCCCACCUACCCUGUAGUUCAUGUUCGUGAUCCACGUUCACAAAUACAAAGGCUUUGGUCCAGGCCUGAAGUUCUUGAUCUUCCUGUGCCAAGAUUCAGGAUAGAUGCAGAGUAUAUAGGAGACCCACCUUCAGUUGAAGUAACAAUAUGCAAUGUCAAUGAUAACAUUGAUAAAGUUUUUCUUGGAGAUCUGGUGAAAAAACAUGGUCCAUUUGAGGAACUUACGAUAUUUUACCAUCCUAAAAACAAUAAACAUUUAGGUUUGGCUAGAGUUGUAUUUGAAAAUGUAAAAAAUGCUAAAUCUUGUGUAGAAAAACUCAAUCAAACCUCAGUUAUGGGAAGACCUUUGCAAGUGUUUCUUGAUCCAUUUGGUGCGGAGUGCAAAAAACAGUAUGAAUCGUUAACUGCAGAGAAAAAGCCUGAAGUUAAACCCGAAAUAAAAAAAACUGAACCCAAACCUAACGAGGAGCUCAACGAAACAGUUAUUCCGAUUCCUCCGCCAGUGGUGCAAAGGGAGAACAGCAACAGUCAGCAGCAAAACACCAACAAUCUUGAAACAGAGGAGCACUAUUUUAAUUCCAACGGCCAUGUCGGCGUCGGUGUCGAUGGGCCAUUCAGUUUUCCACCACCAGCCUUUUCUGUUCCACCACCUUCUACUGAUUUCUAUGGAGGAUGGCAUCAACAGUUUUGGAACACGCCUGCUCCCUCUUGGGUGACACAACCGCCUCCCGAGGCAGCCCUUGUCAACAGUAAUCACGAAGAAGAGAAGAAGGAUGAAGAACCACUUGUUUUGGAUUUGGAUUCCCGAAUUGAGCUACUCUUGAAGGGGAAGAUUUCAGCCGCAUUGAACACACCUGCUUUUCUGCAACUUCAGUUAGAUGGAAGCAGUAAUUCAGGUUCUUCGCGAAGUAGCAGUCGAGCAGCUGAUCACGAUAAAAAUGUUGAUCCGUGCGCCAGUCCACCUCUUUCGCCACCUCCUUCUCCCUUCCUCUCUCAAGAAAUCUAUUUGGAGCAUUACAAAGCUGCACACCCAGAGCCCCCACAAGCCAUCCGAUUGAGUGGAGAAAUACUUAAUGACGAAAUGAGCUUAUCCAGUUUAAGCUCUGGAGAUGAAAAAAUUUUCAACUCUGAUGGAACAAAAAUUGAAAUCGACGACCAAAACUCAGCAGCUCCGUCAUUCUCAUCUCAAUUCUUUCCACAACCUCCCAACUACUCGGCUAAUGAUCCUUACUUCGCAUGGCGGGGUAUGUAUGGGAAUGCAUACGCUCAGCCCUCCGCUUUCGCCUCGGGAACAAAUAAUCCUGCUUACCCCAAUUUCAAUUAUCCCCCGCCAAAUGGGUAUCCUCCUUACGCUGAUGCAUCUCAACCGUCUUCAGCCCCUCCUACGCAAAGCUCUGCUUUACCCGAACAAAGCACCGAGGAUCCUCAUGCUGCAACUAUCGAGGGAGUCGUGGAUCGAAUAGUGGCGGAAUUGAAACAAAUUUUGAAAAAAGAUUUCAAUCGGCGAAUGGUUGAGGGAACGGCAUUUAAAGCAUUUGAAAAUUGGUGGGAUGAGCAAAGUAAACAGGAAGCCAAGGGACCUGCAACGAAAUCUAUUUCUCUGGUCUCAACAGCAUCAGUGCUUCCGCAACCCGUCCAGCCAUUAACGCAAACUAGCGAACAACAACCACAGGCCGCCACCGCUAAGAAAGUGGGUUUCGGGUUUGAAGGUCUCAACUUAGGUUUCGGAUUAGGUUUAGGACUCAGGGCUUCCAUGCCUAAGCUUCCUUCAUUCAGGAGGAAAAUCAGACCACCUUCACCACCACCUAUGGAUGAUGAUUCUCGAAGGAGAUUGCACGAUUCCGACGAUGAAUCUAGAGACAACCGGAACGAUAGACGAUAUGGUCAAAGAGGUCGUGGUUCUUUGCGCUCCUUGUAUAGUAGUAGUAGCAGCAGUAGUAGUAGCAGCGAAGAUGAAGAUCUUGACGAUAGAAGACGAAAGCGGAACCGACGGCAACGAGGAAGUGUGUCAUUUUCUUCAUCAUCGUCUAGCUCCGAAGAUCGAUCCCAUUCAGAUUCCGAUUCCAUUUCCGGAGCCGAAAGUAUUAGUGAGGGAAGUCUACCUGAUUCACCCCGUCCACUGACGAAUAAAGUGAGCCGGAAAGAAAUCAACUUAGAGUUGGAGGAAGUAUCUCCAGAUAGGCCACCAACUCCCGGUACGCCUGAUAUUCGCGAAGAACCCGAGGAUCGUUUGACUCACCUUAUCGAUCAGGCCAAAGAGAAAGAAGAUAGUGACAGUUCGGCAUCUUCGACGGCGUCUUUUGUUUACAAGGAUCAUUGCUAUUCAUUACCUCCCAAAGAGGAGCCUCCAGACGCUAAAGGCUCUUCCGCCUCUCCAUCACCUAUUCGUGUGGAUCAUCUGUACAAUAAGGUGAAAUUGGAGAAGCCUCCCAAAAUCUCGAGCAAGCUCAAAAAUGCCGAACCACUCAAAAAGAAGCAACCAAAGGCGGAGGUUAAACGCGUUCGUGAAUCAACGACACCAGACCCAGUCUUACCUAUUAGAAAGACUUUCCCGCAGCGUGAUAGGAUGGAAGAAAUGGCAUACUUUUACGAAUUUCUGGCCAAGGGAAUUGACGCAGAAGACAUUUCUUAUUUUCAUAAGAGCUACGAGACACUUCUCUCUCAAGACGCUUUACAGACUCAGGGCUAUUGGCUUAACGAUACGCAUUGGGUUGACUAUGACCCUACGGAGUUGGAUCCAUCGCCAUCGAAGCGCAAGCGAAAAGAAGAACCCCGGCCUCACAAGUCUGGCUCAGCACGAACUGAGGGAUACUAUAAACUUGACAGCAAGGAGAAAGCUAAGCACAAGUCACAUUUCGCUCGAUGCGUCACUGAAGACUCGCGUUUGGCCGAAUCCAAUGUCUCCUCUGUACGAGCAGCUGGGCUGGGUCCUACAGAUACGGGUAUUAACAAGGGACAAGCUCUUUCGCGUGAAGCGCGAUCGAAUCAACGAAGAUUGCUCACAGCUUUCGGCUUAGAAAACGAUUCUGAUCUCCUGAAAUUCAAUCAGCUUAAGUUUCGUGGGGCUAAACUCAAGUUUGGCAAGUCUUCAAUUCACGACUGGGGACUGUUUGCCGUGGAAUCGAUUGCUGCUGAUGAAAUGGUCAUUGAAUAUGUUGGACAGGUGGUGCGGCCCGUGUUGGCAGAUUUACGAGAGACUCAAUACGAAGCUGUUGGAAUUGGAUCUUCGUACUUGUUUCGCGUUGAUUUGGAGUACAUCAUUGACGCUACGAAAUGCGGCAAUCUGGCCCGCUUCAUCAAUCACUCUUGCAAUCCAAAUUGCUAUGCCCGAGUCAUCACGAUCGAAAGCCAGAAAAAAAUUGUGAUCUAUUCCAAACAGCCGAUCGGUGUUGGGGAAGAAAUCACGUAUGAUUACAAGUUCCCUAUUGAAGAGGACAAAAUCAUUUGCCUGUGUGGCUCGAGCCAAUGCCGUGGUACUUUGAACUGAGCCAAGAAGACCGAAGACGGUCUCUGCCAACGGAGGUGUUCCAUUGAAACGGACUUUGUACAAAUUUCGUUAUUUCGAUUUACGAUUCCUUGCUUUCUACUUCUGUUUAUCUUAUUUGUCCAUUAUUUCAGUGCGUUGAAUAGUUUCGCCUUACUCACGAAUUGGAAUAUGUAAAAAAAAACUGAAAAUGAUAGAAAAAUGAAUUGGUUUCUUUUUACUUUAAA